AAUUUUUUUAAAAAAUAAAUAAAUAAAUAAAUAUAUAUAUAUAUAUAUAAAAAUGCAAUAAAUAAAAGAUGCAUUAAGUUAAGAUAUGGAAGAUUUUUUAGGAGAACAAAAAUGGGAAUAAUAGAUAAAAGAAUCGAUAUCUGAUUUAUUAGAAUAUAAACCAGAAAAGCCUUUAAUUCAUUUAUACGAAAAAUAUUCGAUAAAAUAAAGGCUAGAACCAUAAAAUAAAUUAAUACUAUUAAUAAAUGAUAUAGCUAGUUUAGGUUUAAAAAUAGAUCCUUUAUAAAUAAAUUUUACAUCUUUUUCUAAUAAAUUACUAAAUAUUGUAAUUGAAAAAUAUUAAAUGAAUAAAUUAAAAAAAAUCGAUAUAAUGAAAUGUGUAUUUAUAAUUUUAAAUGAAAUAAAUAAUUAUAAAGAAGUAAAAGAUUUUUUUAUAAAAAAAGCUUUAAAUUUUUAUGAAGAUUUACUAAAUGUAAAUACAUAAUGCGAUAUUUUAUAUAAAUCUAUAAUAUAUACAAAAUGUAUACAAGAAUUAUUGUAAAUCUUAGAAUUAUCAGAAACAAAAAGCAUAAUAAUAUCGCCUUAAAACAUUAUUAAUUUCAUAGAAAGUAUAAACGAAGAAAAUUAAUCUUUAAAUAGAAAAUAUAACACUUAAACACUUUUCGAGAGAUAUUUUCAUUUAGACAUUAAAAUAAAUAUAAUUUAAUAUUCAAAUUAUUUAUCCGAUCAUAUAUUAAAUAUAAUUCUUUAAUGAACUUAUAUAUUU